CGCUUUUUAUAACCCUGUCUUAUAUAAAGAAGAAAAAAAACGAUGGAGAGAGUUAGCCAAACCCUAACCGCUAGCAGCCACUCCCUCCUCCUCUUCCCCGCCGCUUCAUCUUCCCCAACAGUACAAUAAUAAACCUCGCUCCCACUUUUAAUUCUUCAUCUUCCUCCGCCGCUUCAGCGUCUAUCUAUUUUCCCAGUCCAUCUCUUUGUUCCUUCAAGCUAUGGCGGGUUCCAGUCCUUCCCCUCGUCUUGCGCGACUUUCCUCUUCUUGUCUUUUUUCUUCUACAAACACAGCUGAACGCUGACGACUUGCUAUCUUCGAUUUUUGCUCCGAUCAUGGGUUCCUCCCCACCUUCCACCGUCUUCUCAAUCUUUCCUCUUACUGCUGGACUGGAUUUUUCAUUCAUCAACAAAAGAUUCUAGAUUUACUGGGUUUUUUCUUCCUUCGCAGGCAACGUAUGUGAGAUCGUGGAAUGUGGGAGAGGCCAGUGCAAGCUGCUGAUAAACUCCACCAUCCCUCCUUACCAAUGUAAAUGCGACGCCGGGUGGAAGCAGGCACGACCCGACGCUAUGGACGACAUCACUUUCCUCAAUUUGCUCCACUGCGUUGUCCCCAACCGUUCCAUGGAUUUUCCGUGCAAUAAGCCAGCAGAGGCACCGGUUCAAGACAAGACCGGGCAGUCCAAUACCACACUUCUCGACCCAUGUAACUCAGCAGAUUGUGGAGGAUGAGAUGGGAUGGAUCCUUGGGAAUUAGAGGGACAGAGGAAAAGGGGAAGUAGAAGUAGUGGCGGAUUCAGAAAAUUUUCACAGGGUGUCCUCUUCAAAAAUUAAUUUUAAUUAAAUAAUUCAUAUAUUAAAAAUAUCAUACUUGUAUAAAUUUUUUUAUUAAAAUUCAUGAUGUGUUUUCAUAUUUUGAAAAAAUAAUAUACAAUAAACUCCGUGUCU